CAAUUGCGAUACUUCGCCAGACGCGUGUGACCCGUGUCACACUUGUUCCUUUACGAUCUUUCUAGCAUCUUUUAACUAUGUCAACAAUUUCUCUCCCCGUGCCAAAGAUUUCCACUUUUUUUUACUUCUUAUCUACAUCGCACAUUUUUAUUGAGACAACAACAAUCUUGUUGGUGCUAAAGAUCUCUCACAUUAAAUUUUUGCUACAUGAACAAUAAMAGAAUGAAAUUCUCCACAGUAUCUCUYCURGCGGUGAUUUUUGCUUCGACGCCGUGCCUAGCCGCAUUGGAACGUAGCUUUACCGACGACUCGGGUAUCACCCAUACGACAUCACUAGAAAAGCCUACUAUCGUGACAUUCGCCCACACCGCCACUUCUCUUUUUGACUAUGGUAAGUAUUGCRAUGCUCAAACAAGUAAUUCUGUGGUCUUCGAACUUUCAGUUCUUUCUAAUUUACAUUUUUUCAUAUUGUUGCUUUUGCAACAGGUCUCGGUACGGAUCAGCUCUUAGGAACGUACGGAGAAUACGUCGUGACAGGUAGCGACUUCGAUUUUGACGAACCCGGGCAAGCAUCCUCCUUCAAUGCUGAUCCAGAACCUAACGACAUUGCUAUGUUACAAAAAACCGAAAACCUGUCCCCAGAGUGCGAACGCACACCCGGAUACUGCACUUCAUUCGAGGCUGACAAGCUUGUUGAUCUAGAUCCUGACUAUUUAAUAGUUCACGGAUACGCAGAUAGCCCAUGGGGCUUCUCAAAUUUCACCGAACAGGUACUUGCCGUCUUUCCCGAGACCAAAAUUAUUUAUAAUGAUGUCUCUCUCAGAGGAGAUGAUUGCCAAACUCAUGAAAAUUGUUAUGGUAUCUCUAUGAUUGACUUGAUAGAGAAAUAUAGAGAGCUCGCAGCUUUUCUGAAUCUGGAAGAGCCAGCUCAACUCAGUCAAGAUUAUGCUGAUUUAUGUWCUGCAGCAACUGAGUUUAGUGCAACGAUGAAAGUAGCCCACGAUAAGGGAAUCCGGACAAUGGCUGCCUAUGUUGAUCCAAGUACGGCGUUCUAUGCAAGUCCAGUGGACGAUGUAAGUUGUUAAAUUAUUCUUUCCGUYAAAAGAYCUCGCCAUKCAUCGUUACAACGYGGACUUACCUUGASAUCAUUGGAAUUUUUUAUGUUUCUUCAACAUUCGCCGUUAUAAUCUAGAUCGUUCUGAGAAUGUUCGAAGAGUUGGGAAUGCCAAUCCUUCAUAUAGGAAAGUGCGARGAUUGCUCUUUGAACUAUUUCUGGGAAUCCAUUCCUACGGAAAGUUACUUUGCCUCAUGUACGGAUGAACAAAUUAAUGCAACCGACUUUGAGUCUUGCAACGAUAAUCCAUUGUAUCCUGUGGAUGUUUGGUUGUAUGAUCAUCGAACACGUGCGGUUGUAAACAGCGAAGACUUCCCAAUCGUUUUUCCAGAUUUGGCAUUGAUGAAUGGUCAAUUCGUUGAAUGGCCAAUCGGUGGACGCAAAAUCACUCCACGUCACGCAGUUGAGAUCCUCAACUCGGUUGGCCCUGCGGUUGCUGGAUCGAGUCGUAUUCAYGACGAGACGACGUGUGUCCCUGGCUUGAAUGUCACCAGCCAAGAGCAUCGCCAGAGUGGCAGCGGCGUGAAGGGUGCAGGUGCCGGAGAAUACUCAUGUUACAAUCCGGAUUAUCAUAACACAAAGUACUUGCAAGGUUGUGCAGCUGUCAAAGAGACUGCAGAUAAAGAAAAAUCUGGAGCUUGCUACGACAUGAGCACACAUGAGUGCUCUUGUGAUCCAGGUCGGUGCACUGAAGAGCUUUGUGUAGGCAAUUCAGGGGUGUGGACCGAUCGAUGCCCAAAUCACUGCACAAGUUGUUCAGACGAAGAGCCAGCGACUCCAUCAAAUGGCGAUUCGGCAACUCCAAGUGUUUCUAAUGGAGAGAAAAAGCCAGUAGUAAACGUCUCUCCUACAUUCACUGCCGACGGAGACGAGGCUUUCACACCUUUCGCAGAAAAUCCCCUCUAUACGAGUGCAGCCGUCCAGACUGUCGAGUUCAGUGUCUCGGCAGUAGCUUUUUCGAUGGCUGUGAUUUUCGCAAGCUUUCAUUGAUUGUUGAGUUUCUUGUUACCACGGUAUUUGUUGAAUUCGAGUGAAGUAUUCSAGUCUUUUUGAGCGUCCAUUGUAGUAAUGUGWUAUSAAUGUCGGUCCUAGUGAACUAUAUAGUGAAGAGAAUAUUUUCUGAAGUUGUUAGGUAAACGGUACAUUUUUCAAAAUGCAAUGAUAUAAGUAAAAUGGUUCUAUUCUA